UCCCCUGUCGCGUGGGAAAGCGAGAAGACGACGGUGGCGGCGGCUGCGCUGCGGCGUUUCUCCCUCACCUUCGACAACGUUCGUGCCGGCGCCGGCCGCAAAAAAGGAUCAUCCACCGCGAGGGGCUAUGACGGCUGCCGAGUUAUCAGACGAGGUGACGCAAUCGGUGUUCGAACACACGGAGGGAGCAAUGGGUUCGGUCUCGGACUCGCAGGCGAAUGGAAACCACCAGCCGGCGCCGGCGCCGGCAGAGGCGGAGCAAGCCGUUGAGGAAGGCGAUGCCGGCGAGACGAUGGAAGGCGUCGCCUCCAUCGCCUUGCUGCCUUCUGGCGCCAUCUCCGGCCAUUUCAUCCGCCUCCCUGAUUCCAUCUGCUUCGGCCUCCAAGGCACCCCAAUAUCUUGUGAGAGGGAAUGUAGCCGAGGAGAGGAUUACCGCCUUAUAAAGCUCACCAUCAUUGAUUUUAAGAGCAAGAGAGAGAAGGUGCUUGUGGUGGAAUGCAGAGGCCAUGAUGCUGCUCGAUUACAAAACAUCGACCAUUUGCAUGGGUGGGAAGAUGACAUUGUUGGUUUGGUUGAAAAGGAACAUGGGAAUCAGAAAGUCUUGCUCUCUUUCGAAUGUGAGACGCUGAAGGCUGAUAAAGACGCGGAGGAUCAUAUUAUCAAAUAUAUGCCAAACCUACGUGGACUGGAUGCAGUUGUAAAUAUAGGAAAAAUGUGCAUCACCGGCAUCAAUCUCAAUGAGGACGAUGAACCAAGAGGAGAUAACUGAGAGCAGAGACACUUUGCCAGGGCGACCGGUGUUCACUGUUCCCCCUCAGGCCUUUCUGUGUUGAGUCACUGGUAAACUACUAGGCACUGGUUAACCAUCAAACGUUCACACUGCACUAACGCCAUCACGCGGCGUUGUCCGCUGCUGCAUCCUGUGCAAAUCCCAAGGACUGUACCCUUUGGUUUGGUUGCUUCUGCUGCCGCUGCUCGGGCUGGGCGCAUUUUUUGUCCCUGGCGCUACUGUUUGUCACGCUUUGUACGUAGGCCUUUUACCAUCUGCUUGUCUGUUUACGAGCGUGGCGCCCUGAUUCUUCACUCCUGUUGCGACCGUGAGGAGUGAGGAGUAAGGACUCGUCGCGUUUUCACUGAA